UUGAGAUUUACUUAUAGCUCUGACAUGAUUUCUCAACUCCACACAUUUUUUUCUCAUACUUCAUGGACACGAACCGCCAUCGGGUCGAGAACGAAAAGAACGAGACUUUUGCAUAUAAAUUAAGUUUGGGUAAAUGCUGAAAUCGUUAAUACCGCCUACCGUCGUUUGUUGUAAUUAUAAAAAUAGCAAAAUUUGCCUCCAAACGUUCACAAAUGAUGCUCAGACAGUGAAAAAAAGGACCACAUUUUCUCAUGGUCCUCAUGGUCUUCACUGAAGUCACUGGUCUGCGUGAAGCCGAUGAGUUCUUGGAGAUGUUGUUUGAAAAGUCGCCGUCACUAUCGGUUUAUUGGAAAAGUCGGGAAAAAAUUUCUCAGAUUUUCAGAAAUUUGUCUUGCAUUGCGUUACCAGCCGUGUGUUAUUCUCUCAGUUGACGUAAAAAAAAAAUUACACAUACAUUUUUUGCAGUUUUUCCGCGGACCUUUGACCCAGCAUUUGAAAGUGCGGUUUUUUCCGCAACCAAAUCUCGAGUGACGCCUGCCAAUAAUACGCUUUAGUGACUCGACAACUGAAUAUUAUACACUCCGCUCUGAAUGUGAAACUUCUCUUGGUCGGUACCAAACCAGAGCAGGACGAGACUCAUUUUCCGUCCAAAGGAACUCGACCCUGAUAGUUUUUCGGACGGUUCUUGUGUGAAAUAGUUUAUCUAAAUUCAAGGCGAGCAAUUUAAUUCGCUUUCUUCUUCUGAGCCUCUUGGGGUGAUGUGUGGAGUAGAUGAAAGAUGUUAAUCUACCGAGUUAAGCGCCAACCUUGAUGGCUCUGUCGGCAAGCUGCGAUGCCUACUACCGAGUUUGUUACUACACCAACUGGGCACAAUAUCGACCAGAGGGAGCAAAGUUCUUCCCCGAAGAUCUCGACCCAUUCCUCUGUACUCACAUCAUCUACUCCUUCGCCAAAAUCGACGCAAGUAACAAGAUCGCCAUGUACGAAUGGAAUGACGAUAAAAUGUACGUUCGGUUUAACAAUCUCAAGCAAAAGAACCCUGAGUUGAAGACACUUCUGGCCAUUGGCGGAUGGAAUCACGAGAGUGGCGCAGUGAGUCCAUUUUCACGUAUGGUGAGCUCGGCAGCUAGUCGGAAAGUCUUCACUGAUUCUGUUAUCAGUUUACUGAGACAGUAUGACUUCGAUGGAUUUGAUCUGGACUGGGAAUACCCCGGGAACCGUGGAAACUCUCCACCAGAGGACAAACAACACUUUACGGUCCUUUGCCAGGAGUUAUUGACCGCUUUCAAGAAAGAGUCUGCAGGAAGCGGAAAGCCGCGCCUCCUGCUGACGGCAGCCGUGGCCGCUGGCGUGGGAACAGUUGACAAAGCGUACGAAGUCAGUAAAUUGGCGGGAAUACUUGAUUUUAUCAAUUUGAUGGCCUAUGAUCUUCAUGGAAGCUGGGACCCAACAACUGGACACCAUACUGCUCUAGAGGGUCCCUCAGGGGAUACAUUGACGGUCUCGUACGCUGUGCAGUAUUGGCUGGAUAAGGGUAUGCCCUGCAAGAAAAUUGCGUUAGGACUGGGUACGUAUGGUCGAGCGUUCAAACUAUCCAACCCUAGCCAAAAUGGACUUGGAGCGCCAGCCGGAGGAAAGGCUACCCCUGGGAAGUACACUAGAGAAGGGGGGUUCCUGUCCUAUUACGAGAUAUGUAAGAUGGGUCUGACAGUGGUACAGGACAAUGCAGUGAGAGCCCCGUAUGGAUACGUCGGUGAUCAGUGGGUGGGGUUUGACGACAGGGCGAGUUUGGUAUUGAAGGUGAAUACUCUGAUCAAAGGAAAAAAUCUCCUUGGUGCCAUGUUCUGGGCUCUGGAUCUGGAUGAUUUUAAAGGUUCUUUCUGUGGCCAAGGAAAGUACCCUCUGAUAAAUGCAGUCAAACAAGCACUGGGUGGAGGAACAGGACCCAAUCCAACUGCUGUACCAACAGUGAGCACGGCUCCACCCCCACCCGACACCCAGCCCCCUACCAAUGCACCCCCCUUUGGAUCGUGCAAGGCUACAGGAGCCUGGGAAGGGAAUACUGGAAUGGAUCAAUGGUGUACGUCCAACUGUGCCGUGGGAAACUGUCCACCGAAUAUGUGCGUGUGCGCUUAAAAGUUUCACUUCUUUAAAAUGUAAAGUGACGUUUACAAGAGAAGAAGAAAGUCUGACAACAGUUGUAAGUUGAGGAAAUUAAACGUAAAACGGUCCAUACGACCGAGUGUGAUGUGUAUUAUGACACUCAUUAAAUGUGAGCAGCUCAGAAAAAAUCUAACUUCUCUGUCUCUAUGGCGCGUUAAUUUUUAACAGUAUGAACAUUAUUUUCCUCAAAUGUUAAAACUUUGAGUAGUGGACAGGUAACAAGAAAAAGCAAAGCCUUUACACCGCUCUUUCCUGCGUAGUGACUCCACUGUGCACGCAACUUAUCAGGGUAUCCGAAAACCAUAAUUUAUUCUUUUACCGUAUCUAUAACAAAAUUCUCGAUCGUGAUUGGUUCUCCGCGCGCCUAUUUGUCAAGGAAUCGCGAUUACGUGCGUAUCCAAUUUUACUUUUUGCAAUUGGAUUCCUGUCACUGAAUACCUAGGCUAUUCGCACGUCAAUUCUAAUGUUCCCUACAGUUUUUACAACUUAUGGAAAACUCUACUCGUUCAAAAGAGAAGUUUUCAAUGAUCUCGAAAUUUGUUAUAGAUA